GUAGUAGGCUUGUCCGUCGCGGCCUGCCACCAUCCCCGCCGGCCGACGGUAGGUUGUCCGCAGGGGAAUGGACCUGGAGACGGAAGCGAUGUUGCAGGAGGCUCGCGAGAGCAUCGAGGCGGCGCGGACCUAUCGCCGGGAGCUGCAGCAGCGCCUGAAGGGGCUGCACCUGGCCCGCCAGCAGAUCAAAGACAGUGCUGCACUGACAAGAGACGUACUUGAACAGCAUUUCAGUGAUUUAAAAGGGACCUUAAAGAAGCUGCUGGAUGAGCGGCUGGUGACCUUGCUGCAGGAAGUGGAUGCCAUUGAACAGCAAAGCAUCAAACCGUUGGAUGAGUGCCAGAAGCUGAUAGAGCAUGGAGUCGGUACAGCGGAUGAACUUGUCCGGGAAGGAGAAAGUGCCAUCCAUGGAGUUACCUGGGAGGACAGCGACAAGCUUUGUAGCUUUACUAAAAAGGCUUUGCAUAUUCAACUGGAUAGUUUGCCAGAAGUUCCAUCGCUGGUUGAUGUGCCUUCUCUGUCUGCCCAGUUGGACGAUUCUCUUCUUGCAAUCGUGAAAAAUCAGAUCUUUAACCAUGGAACUGUGGCAUCCCAACCACCAGUACAAAUUGAAGAACUGGUAGAGAAGCCUGGGGGCAUCCUAGUGCGAUGGUGUAAGGUUGACGAGGACUUCAUCCCGCAAGACUAUAGGCUUCAGUGUCGCAAGAGUACUGCCAGUCACUUUGAGGAUGUGUACGUCGGCUCAGACACAGAAUUCACGGUGCUGCAUAUUGAUCCCAACGUGGAUUACCAGUUCAGGGUCUGUGCGCGAGGAGAUGGCCGCCAGGAAUGGAGCCCAUGGAGUGUUCCUCAGAUUGGCUGUUCCACAUUAGUGCCUCAUGAAUGGACACCUGGCUUGGAGGGCUACAGCCUCAGUAGCCGAAGAAACAUAGCACUUCGAAAUGAUUCGCAAGCAGCUGGAGUGCUGUACUCCAAGGCUCCAACCUACUACUGUGGCCAGACGUUGACAUUCCGAAUUGAAGCCAUUGGCCAGCCAGCCAGAAAAGACAGCAUCGGAGUCUGUGUGGAGAAGCAAAAUGGCUGUGAUUCUUUGCAGCGUGAUAAAGCAGUCUGUGUAAGCACAAACGGGGUUGUCUUUGUAAAUGGAAAGGAGAUGACAAACCAAUUGCCUGCCUUUACCUCAGGAUCAUCUGUGACCUUUGAUAUGGAAGCUGUGAAUUUGGGCCCUUCCAACAAUAAUGAAGGGGGGAACCUCAAACUUAGAGUGACAAUUAGCUCCAACAACAGGGAAGUGGUCUUUGAUUGGGUACUUGACCAGUGCUGUGAGUCUCUGUAUUUUGGGUGUUCAUUCCCCAAUCCAGGCUGGAAGGUGCUGGUAUUCUAACUUUCAGCCUCUGAAACAGUCUUGCUUUGAAUUUUUGAACUGGUGUCGCAACUUGCUGUCUGCACUUAGUGCGCUGGCGUGGGUCCCCUUAAUGUGCAGGAGUGAUCCCCUUAAUACAACCUGUCUAUCUGUUGAACAUUACUUGAACUCUCUCUUCUUUACUGGAUUCACUUAAAAUACUGGUGGAAUAUUUAACGUAGGCUUUUGGGGUUGCUAUCACAGUGUUUUUUAAAGAGUUUUUUUUUUGGUAGAGGGAAAAAUCAGACUGUUCCUAUUACUUGCUCUUUUUAUGCAUGGUUAUGCAAACUGAACAGCUCUUACUCUGCCUAAUGCUACCCUUGUGGCUCAGGGUUAAUGGACCAAAGUUAUGCUCAUUGUAUUCUAUUCAUCAGAAUAAGGUACUGAAAUGGGAAACUGUAGCCAGGUGUACCUGUGCCAAAUGCUUAGCUUUUGUCCCACUGGCACUGGUGCUUCUUGACCUGCAAGAGAGCUUUUUCUUCUGUUAGUACCACUGUUUACUGCAGCGAAGUAGGGAGGUCUGCACUGAGCAUUUGUUUUAAUAUGCAGCCCCUUGUGCCUUAGUGUCAGGCUUUUGUUGAACAGUAUUGUAACAUGCUGAAAAUUUUUCAAAGAUGACUAUGUAUCCUCCAGCCAAUUGCCACUGCAUGAUUGGGGCAUAAGUUGAGUUUUAACUAAGCAGUAUAUAUUUUGCUGUGGAUCACUGCAGCGAAUCCCACAGGCAGUGCCUUAAUCAAGAUGACAUUGCUCAUUUACAGGGAAAAUUCUAUAGGAAAAGCUUUGUAUCUGUUCUGAGUGUUCUUCAGAAAUCCUAGAAUAAGUUACAGUCAAAAUAGGUUAUUGUAUUCUUCCUUGCCUAUGCAUGAGUUCACAGAAAAAAGUUUAAAUAACUGAAUGGGCAAGGAUGUUACGGUAUAUGAAUGAUUCUGCAGCAAUGUGGAGGCCAUGUAGGAAAGGGUACAUUUACAUACAUCUGUUGUGAAUUUUAAUAUUUUGCUGAUUUAGGCAGGGAAAUAGUAUUAAACAGGGUUAACAAGUGUGUAGUGCGCAUGCGUGCGGACAUGCACACACACGAAAGAGAGUGAGCGAGAGAGUUUAUACAGCCAAGACCUAAGCUUAUUUGCCUGAUGCAGUCAAAUUCAAGUAAAAAGUCUCAUUUUUAAAGGGGUCUCACUUAAAUAGCAAAAGCAACACAAACCGCAUGAUUGCUGCUUUAGGAAAACGUGGGCCUGCGUACUUUCCUGUUUCAGCAGCAGCUAUACUGUAUCAGGAAUAUCUUAUUAAAUAUCUCUUGCCUGCCCUAAACUGUAGCUGUUUAGUCCUAGGCGGAAGAUUUUGAUUCAGUGCUUACCACAACAUCCUUUACACACGAACAAGGGAAACUGUUGAUAAAAAGCAGGAAACGCCCUUGCUUUCCACCAUCACAAGUCUGCACUGAUGUUGGGCAUGCUGGUUCUUGCUCAGGCGUUCUAGUGGCUCUUAGGUUGGAGUUGCAAGGGGGUAACAAAUCCCACUUCCCAUGUAAGGUGGGGCCUUCUUCCCUGUACCGAAACUCAAGCCCAGGAAUGUCGACUGCACUGGUCCUGGAAAGUACAGCCAUGUGCCCUGGACACAAUCCUUGAAUCUAACAGAGGUUCUUUCACUCUGGUGCUUUCCACAUGGUUUGGUCUUUGCAGUUUCCAUCAGGAUCAGCUCACAGGACCAGCAAUUUGGAGUAUGGGGAAUUAUCUGAAACAUCUGGAGGGUGCCUGGUUGAUGAAAACUGCUUAAAUGUCUCUGUAGAACAGAGCAUAGGCUAUAGCAUGUAACCACUGAGAGCUUAGGCUUCCCCCUCCUUUGUCUGUUUAAAACAACAAAAAAUGCUGGGUAAACCCAAGCCAUGAAGUGAGCCACGUAGACCAAAUUUCCUCUUCCUUUAAAUCAAGCUAUAUCCUAACAAGUCUUGUGUACUCAGACAAUCAUCCCCUUGCCUUUCAUGUCAUUAUCAGUUGAGGAUGUUGGAGUUCCUGUUUAAUAGAGUCAGACAGCAACUGCUCCACCUAGGGGGUUUCUGUGAUCUGUACAAUUAUGCACUUGAAAUAAAGAAUGAACCAGUGAUUUUUAAAAGAAGUUAAUAUUACACAGAAGGAUGUGACAUUGAGACCGGGGCUUCUAAAUGCACCUCUACACAGGGGGGCACCCUGCUCAAUGAACCGGUAGCCCCUCCCCCAGGUGGGCAGAGCCUGUUUGCAAACACUCGGUUGCAAAGUCCUUGGAUUAUGCAGAACUCCCCAUUUGUGGUAGAGGGCACAUGCUGAAGGCUUUUUCCUUCAGUCGGCUAAAGUGUACUAUCCAAGAAAGCCUCUCUCAGCCCAGUCCUCUCUCCUAGGGCCUGGCCUGGAGCUAAGGCUUCACUUCCACAAAAAUGUGGUCUUCACUUUAGAAUAUAUGCUCGGCCCCCAUCUUCCUACAUGAGGAAGGAAUGCGAAGACUUAAGCAGAACUCCACUUUAGUUCGUAAUAUGUAGCAAACACUGCACUAGCCCUCAUGAGCUCACUUUAUUGUAGCGAUGCAUAAUGCAUCCCAAUAUUAGUUGGCUGUCCACAGCUGGAAAAAUUACUGUGUGAGAGUGAGCUGCAGUGUGGCACCUACUCAUUCUGGCUAUGUGCAGCCUUGGCUUGAAGGCAUCUUAUGUGGACCAAAAGGCUCACCUGUCUCACCUAUUUGCCAGUGAUUAAAAUGCCUGGACUAUUAGGACUUUUUCUUUUAAAACUACUUGAUACCUCUAUUUUGUUCUCGUAUUUCUGUAAGUAUUUGGUCGUUUUCCAGACAAUAACUAUGCAGUGUUACUGAGAUAACUACUCAGAGCCAGGGUUGGGUUGGAAAGUUGUUGAUGAAACUUGUGUAUAUUUACCUCAAGAUACUUUGUAUGGUGACUUUUUAAUAAAAUGUCUGUUUGACUAGUAGUAAUA